CGCACACGUUCCAGACUCUGCACCAGCGACAGCUCUUUGAUUCGUCGCUCUUUGGGGAGUUUUUAAUGGAUAAAUGUGCAGAGACAAAGAGCAUGCUGAUUAUCCUUACUUGAAAGAAAACUUAUGGAGCAGCUUUAAAGUCGCCCUGUUGCGGUUGCGCACUGCCACGGAUCCGUUUUGGAGUUGCCAGCCGCGCGCCCCAGUUUGGACACUCGAUCUGCUGGACUGGCUGCAUUAUUUUGGCCAUGAAGUAUCUUUUCUGCGUCUCUGUUGGGUUUCUUCUAUAACUGUGCAUUUGGACCUACUGUCUGGAUGCAUUGCGCACUGCUCUGAAGGGAUUACAUUUUCUGCAGAUAUGGUUUCUCAAACUGGAAGUUUGGUCCCGCAGCUGCGCUUCUAAACUCCCAUCAUCAAGUAACUGAACAUUACAGGGGCUUUGGUGCAGCAGGAAGACAUGGCCAAGGAGCUGAAGCCGCGGCUGUGCGUCAUGGCAAAAAGCCAGGGCGGCUACGGAUUUCACUUGCACGGGGAGAAGGGCAAAAGUGGGCAAUACAUCCGAAAAGUGGAGCCAGGUUCCCCCGCAGAGGCGUCGGGGCUGCGGGCUGGGGACCGAGUGGUGGCCGUGAAUGGAGUGAACGUGGAGAGAGAAACGCACCACCAGGUGGUGCAGCGGAUCAAAGCAGUGGACCACGAGACCAGGCUGCUGGUGGUCGACAACGAAACACACGAAAAUCUCCGCAGCUUGCGCCUCACGGCCACAGAGGAGAUGGCCAUUCUAGGGAGCAGUGCUCCCACCUCCUCCACUCCUCAAGCCUCCCCCUCCCCAGCACCAUCAUCAACCCCUUCGUCCCCCGCAAAAAAACGAGAGAAUGGCUCAGUGUCUAAGCAGAGCGGCCAGGUGCAGAAGCCCACCAGGAGGUCGCCAUCAAAGGCUGCAAAGAAGGAGGCAGACACUCACUCCGAGGCCCAGGUCCAGUCUCUUCCCCACACUGACCCAUCCAAGCUCAAUCCGCGUCUGUGCCACCUCGUCCGAUCUGAAACCGGUUAUGGCUUCAACCUCCACAGUGAUCGCUCCCGGCCCGGCCAAUACAUCCGCUCCUUGGAUCCUGGAUCGCCUGCCGAUCGUGCCGGGCUUCGACCACAAGACAGGCUUAUUGAGGUUAAUGGUGUUAACAUCGAGGGCAUGCGUCACGCGGAGGUCGUGGCUUUCAUAAAGAAAGGAGGAGAUCAAACCUGGUUGUUGGUGGUGGAUCCAGACACAGAUGAACACUUUAAGAGGAUGGGAGUGGUUCCAACACUAAGUCACGUCAAAGAUUACGAUGGUCCAUCCAUACCCAACGGACCAUCUAACGCUCAAAUUAACGGCAGCUCCACCACACAGUCCAUAAGGUCCACGCGCUCUGACCUUAGCAGCCAGGGCAACAGCACACAGCUGGCAGAUGAUGAUGGCAGCCUCCACAUGGACCCUUUCGCUGAGAUGGGCUUGAGCCUGAGCGCAACAGCAGCGGAGGAAAAGAUGAAGGUUCAUGCCAAGGAAAAGAGGAAGGCUCCACAGAUGGACUGGAUGAAGAAAUAUGAGCUCUUUAGUAAUUUCUAGAACAAUGGAAUCCACAACUUAAGCUGAGAGACCAAAAGACCGACCUCUGCUCCUAAGGGGGUUUGCCACUUAUUCCUAAAACAGACGAUCACCAGUUUAUGGUAUUAAGAGGAUGAAGGUGACCAAAUGGCUUUAAUUGAAGCAACUUUAAAAAAAAUUCAACAUCUACUCUUCCCUCGCCAUGAAUUUAAAAGCUUAACGACUGCAGAAACUCUUUUAUAAAACUUGCUUCAGACGUUUUGAGCUUGGAGAAAGGAUUUCCAACGAAGGUGAACUGAAGCCUUUUCCUCUGCUCCUAUCGAUGCCAUUUUUCCAAAAGACUUAUUCAGCAGCUUUUUGUAUAUUUAAAAUGUAUAAACAAUUUAAAAAAAAACAACAGAGGACUGCCUUCAAUCAAUUCCCUGGACACUGUGACAUCAGUGAUUUUGGAUUACAAAAAAGUUUUUUCCUCCAGUCAGAAGCUGACAGACAGUCCACUGUGAAAGAGUCAAGGACAAUCCACCCCUGUUUGGAGAAGUAUCCUUGUGUACUUUGUGUCCUACAUCUGAUUUUGCAUUGACUCAUAAAGAUAUCAUCUGUGUACACUUUAACGCCUUUAUCAGAAAGAAUUUUAUACUCAUUUAGCUAUUCACUAACACUCAUUAGUAAAUCACUAAGCCAAAAACGGAAGGAGCUUUACUGCUAAAUGGCAUAAAAAACAGGAAAUUGUAAAGGAAAUAAUAGACACCAGCAUAGUGAAAGAUACAGUGGCCCUGAAGGGCAAAUCCCACCAAGAAAUCACUCGGUGCAAAAAUGUAUUAAGCAUCCCAAAGACUUUUCAAAAAGCCAAAACAAAUAAUAAAAACUUAACAUAGAAAGUAAAACUAAAUUCCAGGGGAAAAAAAGAAACCAGAAAAUGCAGGUACUAUGGGACAUCACUGAUUGGAUGAUGAAGUGUGUCCAUCAUUUCAGCCAAAAGUUAUUUGGUAUUAAGCGAUCCUGGAUAUAAUCAUAAAGCUUUUAUUAGUAUUUAUUCAGGCAUUGAAGACACAUUUAAAAAAAACAAUUAAACGUCAGCAUUUAAUUAGGGGUGACCCAUAGACAUACCUUUUCUAGUUUCUAGUUUUGAUUUCUUAAAUGUAAUGUUAUGUUUUAUCAUUUGUUUUAUCUUUUUUAAUUUUUGUUGUGAUCGUUAAUAUGUUUUUGCCUUGAGUGAUUUGUCUGUGGGAUGUGCACUUCAGGGCCACCAUAGAAAGAAGAAUUUUUAAGCAUUUCUAGAUGAGAAAAAAAUAAGAAUAUUAUUGAUGUGAGCAGCAGGUGGCAGGCUUGACCCACAAAUGUAGAAGCAGUUUAGCUUAACCUACUGUAUUGUAUUUUCCCCCCCAAGUGAAAAUGCUGUGCACCCAUCUGUUACUUAGACAAAACGAAGAGGCAUUGAUUUGAAAGUAGGCUGAAUCAUAUUUAUGUGGUCGGAGUUUGAUUUCAAUUUUACAGCUACUCAUUAAAUAUGAUGGUAUGUUAUAAUUUCAGCAGCCACAGAGGAAGGAAAACUGAAUUGUAGUGUACUUUUCAGAAGUCAGUAUUAAGUUUGGUCUUUCUUUUGUGUCAGAUUUAUGAGAUCAGAGAUUGUAAAAGCAGCAGUUGGCUGCUCAUUGCAAAAUAACUGGAAGGAAUUUAAAGGGAAUUUUUCAGAGGACGCAUGUUCAGUUAGUGUGUGGUCUCUUUUAGUGGAAUGUUUAAAAAAAAAAAGGGAACUGAAACUGCUCUGGCGUUAGAUGCAGACUGAGUCCUUUAAGAAACCAUUCAUUUCAAUCAACGGAUGUAAGGGAAGUGAAGAUAAACCACAGAUGUGAAGGUAUGGGAUGAUCUACGGCGAGGGCAGCGUGUGUGGCAGGUUGGAGACACUCUCAGCGAGGUCAAAGAUGCUCGAGAGGAUAUUGUGAAAGAGACUGUGGGAGCCAUGGAGAUUACCGAGGAUUAUUUCACAUAUAGAACAGCUGUCAUACACAUGCUUACGCAUGUUUGUGCGCAGAGAAGGUAUACAUGUCACAUUCCCAUCGAUGUUAAUGUAGCGUAUUAGAGUGGAAUGAAGUCUGCUCUCUUUUGUACUCAUUUACACCCUGUGUUUUCCAUUCAGCCUCUUGAUUUAUAUGUGAACCCCAGACUGCUAGCAGCAGGCUCACUGCUACUUCUGUUGACAUGGCUUGAUGUACAUUAAAGCUGACAGGAAACUGUAUAUGUCAAGUUGAAUUUUUCAAUAAAGUGUGACAAUAGCAAUUUUUUUUUGCACCAUU